UCCAUCAACAUUUAUCUAAAAUUUGAUAAGAGUAUUUAAAUUUUAUAAAUUUCCACUUUUAUAUGGCGGUGAAAGGCCAUAAUGUAGCCAUAUUAGUAUUGAUGAUGCUGAUCUGUAGUGGAGCGCAUCGGAUGAAGCGUAUAUCCUCGCCCGAGUUUUUCGGGGACGAGACCGUCGAGCUGGCCAAAUACGUGGUCUCCAUCAGAUCGAGAACGCCGAACAAGUAUUUUGGCGACAAUCACUAUUGUGGGGGUGGUCUCUUAUCUCCGCGCUGGGUGAUAACCGCCGCCCACUGUGUCAUGGGCCAAACCAAGAUUAUGUACAAGGCCCGAUGGCUAUUGGUGGUGGCCGGAUCCCCGCAUCGAUUGCGAUAUAUCGUUGGCAAAACUAUCUGCACUCCUGUGGAGAAGAUCUUCGUUCCAAAGAACUUCACUAUGUACAACACCUGGAACAUGGCGCUAAUGCAACUUCAGGAGAAAAUGCCCCUGAACCACCCACGAAUUGGAUUCCUUCAUCUCCCAAGUGCAUCACCGAAAGCCGGCUUUAAUCACUCGGUUCUCGGCUGGGGAAGAUUGUACAGGGGUGGACCUUUGGCGGUGAGAAUAUAUCAAUUGGAAGUGUCCCUCCUGGAUAACGAGGUGUGUAAAGCGCAUUUCCGACACUACAGGGUUGGAAUGAUGUGUGCCGGGAAGUAUAAUUUGACCAUGGACGGUGAUCCCUGCAGCGGCGACAUCGGAUCCCCCCUAAUUGAUGGAAGGGUGAUUGUCGGCAUAGUCGCCUAUCCGAUUGGCUGCGGCUGCAAUAAUAAACCAUCCGUCUAUACGGACGUGUACAGCAAUGUUCAGUGGAUCAGAGAAACGGCCUUUGGCUUAACCAGCAGCAUUAGGCCGGCACCAUUCGUCAUAUUCCUAUUGAACUUCCUGUUGCUCAGGUCAGUUGAAGCAGUCAUAGAACGCUAAAUUAUUUGAACUACAGAUUUAAAAACUAAAAGACUUGAUGAUUUUUUAAAAAUUAGUGAAAGUGACUUUGUAUUUGGAUUGAAUAAUAAAUGUGGCAAUGUUUUUCAGAGA